AUGGUGAAACUAAUUCACACAUUAGCUGAUCAUCAUGAUGAUGUCAAUUGUUGUGCCUUCUCCUCUUCCCUCUUGGCUACUUGCUCCUUGGACAAAACAAUUCGCCUGUACUCCUUAAGGGACUUCACUGAGCUGCCACACUCUCCAUUGAAGUUUCACACGUAUGCUGUCCACUGCUGCUGUUUCUCCCCUUCAGGACACCUUUUGGCUUCAUGUUCAACAGAUGGUACCACUGUCUUAUGGAAUACGCAGAAUGGACAGACUUUGGCAGUGAUGGAACAGCCCAGUGGUAGCCCCGUGAGGGUUUGCCGGUUUUCCCCAGACUCCACUUGUUUGGCCUCAGGGGCAGCUGAUGGAACUGUUGUUUUGUGGAAUACACAGUCAUACAAGUUAUACAGAUGUGGUAGUGUUAAGGAUGGUUCCUUGGUAGCCUGUGCAUUUUCUCCUAGUGGCAACCUCUUUGUCACUGGCUCCUCAUGUGGAGAUUUAACAGUGUGGAAUGAUAAAAUGAGGUGUCUGCAUAGUGAAAAAGCACAUGAUCUUGGAAUUACCUGCUGCGAUUUUUCUUCACAGCCUGUUUCUGAUGGAGAACAAGGCCUUCAGCUUUUCCGACUGGCGUCAUGUGGUCAGGAUUGCCAGAUCAAAAUUUGGAUUGUUUCUCUUACCCACAUCUUAGGUCUUGGAUUAAAAUAUAAAAGUACACUGAGUGGGCACUGUGCUCCUGUUCUGGCUUGUGCUUUUUCCCAUGAUGGGCAGAUGCUAGUCUCUGGAUCGGUGGAUAAGUCUGUCCUAGUGUAUGACACUAAUACCGAGAAUGUACUUCACACGUUGACUCAGCAUACCAGGUAUGUGACAACUUGUGCCUUUGCACCCAAUAUCCUUUUACUUGCCACUGGUUCAAUGGACAAAACAGUGAACAUCUGGCAGUUUGACUCAGAAGCACUUUGUCAAGCAAGGAGCACAGAAGAUCAGUUGAAGCAGUUUACUGAAGAUUGGUCAGAGGAUGAUGUCUCAAUGUGGCUUUGUGAACAAGGUUUAAAAGAUCUUGUUGGUGUUUUCAAGAUGAAUAACAUUGAUGGAAAAGAACUAUUGAAUCUUACAAAAGAAGGUCUAGCUGAUGAUUUGAAAAUUGAAUCUCUAGGGCUGCGUAGUAAAGUGCUGAGGAAAAUUGAAGAGCUAAGGACAAAGGUGAAAUCUCUUUCUUCUGGGAUUCCUGAUGAAUUUAUAUGUCCAAUAACUAGAGAACUUAUGAAAGAUCCUGUCAUCGCAUCAGAUGGCUAUUCCUAUGAAAAGGAAGCAAUGGAAAACUGGAUUGGGAAGAAGAAACGUACAAGCCCCAUGACAAAUCUUAUUCUUCCGUCAGUGGUGCUUACACCAAAUAGGACUCUGAAAAUGGCCAUCAACCGAUGGCUAGAGACACAUCAAAAAUAA